GAACCGUUCUCAGCUCUAAGGAGGAAGGAAGGAGAUGGCCGACUAGGACGAGGAAAUCUCGCAUUUCUGAUUCUCCGUGGGCAGGAUUCGUUUUAACCCAGGGUUAUUUUCACAGUCUGAAGUCGGAGGGGGACGUUUGAAAUAUUUAGCUCAUCUUCCAUGAUGGCAGAACAAAACAGUAACGUCAGAUAUCAGGAGCUGGUGAAUGCGGAGGAGCCGGCCCAGCCUUCCCAGGAGAGCCCUGGCCAGGAUGCACCACCACCCUACAGCAGCAUUGCUGCAGCUAAUGCAGCUUUCUUUGAAUACAAGGAAGAUGGAGGAAGAUUCCCCAACCCGCCGUCGUACAACGUUGCCACCACUUUACCCUCCUACGAUGAGGCUGAGAGAAGCAAAGCAGAGGCUGCCGUCCCCCUGGUCGCUGGAAGAGUCUCGGAAGAAGACUUUGUGGCCAGAGAUGACUUUGAGGACGCUGACCAGCUGCGGAUAGGAAACGACGGCAUCUUCAUGCUCACUUUCUUCAUGGCAUUCCUCUUCAACUGGAUCGGCUUCUUUUUGUCGUUCUGUUUGACCACGUCAGCGGCCGGUCGAUACGGAGCCAUCUCUGGCUUCGGCCUGUCCCUCAUCAAAUGGGUUCUCAUCGUCAGGUUUUCUACCUACUUCCCCGGAUACUUUGAUGGACAGUACUGGCUGUGGUGGGUGUUCCUGGCUCUGGGUUUCAUGCUGUUUAUCAGGGGCUUUGUUAACUACUCCAGAGUGCGCAAACUGGUUGACCCUGCUUACACCAACCUUCCCAGAACAAGGGUGCUUUUCAUCUAUUAGAGCAGCUGAAAGUUGGGGGAGAGAAGACGAGGCAAAAAGGUGUCACAUAAGGAGACUUUACCGGAAAUCAGCCUGACAACGUCUAGACGAAGACAACCUCAAGAUGGUAACAUAUUCAGGAAAUGUAUCUAUAUCGUGUUUUCUUUUGUUUAGCCAUUUUAUUAAUAGAACAUGGUAAGCAGUAAUAGUCCCCUUUAGGUAUUCAUUAGUGGCUAAUGUUAAGUGCUCUUUCCAUCUGUCUGUAAUGUAAGAGUAUUGCCUUAUAUCAUUUGAUGGUAGCAUACGAGCAUGCAUCUGCUAAAGCCAGACUCAUGUUGGCAACACUUGAAGCCAACAGGUUUUCUAAUUCCUGCAACACUGUAGCUUGACCACAGCAUGCAGCACACUCUGUAACAUCCACUGAUAUCACUUCAUGGGUCUGUUAGGCUGUCUUAGUCUAAAAUGUCAGAAACAAAUGCUUUGGAUCCAGUUAGACGUUUGUAUUUCAAUCAGCUGUUGGCUUUAAGCUGUGCAGUUCCUUCUUCGACCACAAAGGGGCGAUGUCGUCUUCACAUUUCCAGACAUUUUCAUGAGAGCUAAACAAGGGAACCUGCUUGUAAUUUGCAACCCAAGCAUACCAGAACGACCUCUGUUUGUCAGAGGUUUCUUUUAGUAUUGACUGUGGGUUAAAUCAGGUAAAAUGAUCCAAACCUGGGAGCAGAAUUUAACUUACUAGGAUGCUCUAAAAGAAAUCCAGCCUCUAAUUUCAUUUCACCCAGACAAACAUCCAAAUCUCCGAGCUGCUCCAUUGACACUGUUGAAUUUUGGCAAUGAGGCUGGUCUUUAAGGUCUCAUUUAAAGGUCUGACCUGCUUCUGACUCCUCUGGGAGUUACAAUCUCUGCUGGUGGAAAAGCUCAGACAUAUAGGAAAAUGAAGUCUCUGCUGUCUGGAUUUCAGCUGCUAAUGAUCCAGUUCAAACAGCUGCAUCAAAU